AUGGAUCUCGUCAACCACCUCGAAGGAAGACUUCUCUUCGCCGUCCCCAAAAGCAAGUCUCCCUCCAACAUACAUACCAAUGACUCAUUCCCGCAGCGAGCAGCACGAGAGAGAGAGAGAGGACAUGACGCAUAUGCACAUGGCCGCCUGCAACAAGCCACCCUCGACCUCCUCGCCGGCUGUGACGUCCAGUUCCGCCGCGAAACCCGCCUUGAUAUCGCCCUGGUCAAGAACCUGCCCAUUGCCCUGAUCUUCUUGCCCGCCGCUGACAUCCCCACCUUCGUCGGCGAGGGCCGUGUCGACCUGGGUAUCACCGGCCGCGACCAGGUCGCCGAGCACGACGCUACCCUGCCGACUGGCGAGGCCUCCGGCGUAGAGGAGAUUCUCGACCUUGGCUUCGGCGGCUGCAAGCUGCAGGUGCAGGUUCCCGAGAAGGGCGAUAUCACCGAGGCCAGCCAGCUCGUCGGCCGCAACGUUGUUACCAGCUUCACUGCGCUCUCGGAGCAGUUCUUUGCUAAGCUGGAGGGUCUCGAGGCCGGCCAGAAGAACCUGAGCACUAAGAUUAAGUAUGUCGGCGGUAGUGUUGAGGCUGCUUGCGCGCUGGGUGUUGCUGAUGGAAUUGUCGAUCUUGUCGAAUCCGGUGAGACCAUGAAGGCUGCUGGUCUUAAGGCUAUCGAUACCGUCGUGACUAGCACCGCUGUGCUCGUCAAGUCGCGUGGCUCCAACACCGACCUCCUUAACUUGCUCACUUCCCGUAUUCGCGGUGUGAUCACUGCCCAGAAGUUCGUGCUGUGCCAGUACAACAUCCCCCGCUCUGAGCUGGCCGUUGCUUCCAAGAUUACUCCUGGUAAGCGCGCGCCUACUAUCACCGCCCUUGAGGAGGAGAACUGGGUUGCUGUCAGCUCUAUGGUGGAGAAGAAGCGCAUUGCCACUGUCAUGGAUGACCUUAUUAAGGUCGGAGCUACUGAUAUCUUGGUGCUGAACAUUGCCAACUCUCGCACUGAUUAA